AUGGCCGACGACAAGGAUGUCUGGAUGUACAACCCAUCUUUUGCCCUGGCCGUAAUUGGCACAAUCGUAUACGGCCUGAUUUUCACCGCCAUAACAUACUUGACAUUCUUCCGCUACAGAGCCUGGUAUUUUACUGUCGUGGUUGUUGGCGCGGCAGUCGAAGUAGCCGGCUAUGUUCUCAGAGCCUAUUCUGCCAGGAACCGCACCAUAUUGGUCCCGUUCGUCCUGACACUGACGUUUACCGUCCUCGCGCCCGUAUUUGUCGCCGCGGGAAAUUACCUUCUCAUCAGCCGCCUCAUCCGUGCCGUCCUGCCCCCCUCGCAUCAUCGCGUUCUUGGCGUCCCCGGAAAUCGACUUACACCCAUCUUUGUCGUCUGCGACGUCGUCUCGUUCCUUAUACAGGGCAGUGGCUCUGGAAUUGCCAGUUCGGAUAAUUGGCAAGGCGAAAAGGAGAAGAUUGGCCGCUAUGUGCUUAUCGGAGGGCUGUCCUUUCAGCUCGUCGCCUUUGGAUUGUUCCUCUGCGUGUUUCGGCGCUUUCAUGUUUUGGCCAACAGAAUGGCGAGACCGGAGGCCCCCACGGGAUGGCAGCAGGUUGUUCUAUCCGUGUACAUUUCCAGUGUCCUGAUCAUGGUUCGGUGCAUCUAUCGUGUUUGCGAGUUUGCCGAGGGCAUGAAUGGCUAUGCCUUCCGCACCGAGUGGCUGUUCUGGGUGUUUGAGACCUUGCCCAUGAUUGGCGCCAUUGGCAUCUUCGUCAUAUACCACCCGGGCCGAUUCCUCGGUCAGGAUGGAGCGGCGCAGCCCAAGGAGUCUCGGUCUGACGAAUCCAUGGAGCUCGCUGGCAAGCGAGGGUGGUUCCGGAUGAGACGUGUAAACGGCAGUCCUGCCUAA